AUGCACUCGGAAAUAAUAAUUAAAGAAGAAAACAAAAACUUUGAAAACGAAUUACCCACAGAAAUAACUACGAAUGAUAACAUUAAAACAGAACAAGAAUUACACACGGAGGUAAUUAUUAAAGAAGAAAUACAAGAGAAAAGUGUUUUACUUGAACAUAAAACAACUCAUGAAAAACCAUAUUCAUGUGAAGUAUGUGAAAUGCCGUAUUCAUGUUCCAUUUGUAGUAAAUCAUUUAACCGACAAACCACAUAUGCACUUCACAAGAAAAUUCAUUCUCAAGAAAAGUCGUUUGCAUGUGAUGUUUGUGAUAAAACAUUUACACUUCAACAGUAUUUAAUACAACAUAAACGAACGCAUACUGGAGAAAAACCAUUUUCAUGUGACUUUUGUACUCAGUCAUUUUCACAGCUAGCCAAUUUAAUUAAACAUAAACAACGGAAGCAUACUGGAGAAGUUAAACCUUUUGUAUGUGAUAAUUGUGGUAAAAUAUUUACUGAAAAAUCCACUUUAAUGCGACAUAAAAGAAUCCAUUCGGGGGAAAAGCCAUUUUCAUGUGAUGUUUGUAACAAAUCAUUUACCCUGAAACAGCAUUUGACCCAACAUAAACGAACUCACAUUCCACAAUCUUUUUCAUGUAAUGUUUGUGACAAAGCAUUUACUCAUGAGAUCAAACUAGUUCAGCAUAAACGUAUUCACAUUAAAGGAAAAUAUUUCUCAUGUGAUGUUUGCGAUAAAUCAUUUACCCAGCGUAAAAAUUUAUUUAAUCGACAAAACACAUUAGUUCGGCACAAACAAACUCAUAGUGGAGAGAGACCUUUUUCAUGUGACGGUUGUGAUAAAACAUUUACACAACCACAUCAUUUAGCUACACAUAAACGAACACAUGCUGCACUAAAGAUUUUUUCAUGUGAUUUUUGUGAACAAAUAUAUUCUGAUCAAAAUAGUUUGAUUGAACAUAAACAAAUCCAUAUCGCAGAAAUACCGUUUUCAUGUGAUAUUUCUAAUAACAAAUUUAAUGGACAAGUUAAGCAAAUGAAAACUGAAGAGAAAUAUUUUUCAUGCGAUGCUUGUGAUAAAAAAUUUAUCUUCCAACAUGAUUUAGAUCAACACAAAGAAAUGCAUACAGCAGGUAUAGUUUGCAAUAAAACAUUUUCCGAGCAAGAUAAUUUGGUUCAACAUAAACGAGUUCAUACUGGGGUAAUGCAGUUUUCAUGUGAUAUUUAUAACACAUUUAAUGAACAAAGCACAAUAGAACCACCCAAACAAAUUAAAAUUGAAGAGGAAUCUAUUUCUUGCGAUUUUUGUGAUAAAACAUUUACAUUAAAACAUGAAUUAAUCGAACAUAAACGAACACAUGCUACAGUGAAAUCUUUGCAAUGUGAUUAUUAUGACAAAAUAUUGACCCAACAAAAAAAUUUGGUUGAAUAUCAAGAAGAAAUGCCGUAUAAUACGAAAUUUACUGGACAGAGCUCAAUGGGACCACUUAAACAAAAUAAAACUGAAGAGAAAUCUAUUUCUUGUGAUGAUUGUGACAAAACAUUUACAUUAAAACAUGAAUUAAUCGAACAUAAACGAAUACAUGCUGCAGUGAAAUCUUUUCAAUGUGAUUAUUAUGACAAAACAUUAACCCAGCAAAAUAAUUUAGUUGAACAUAAAAAAGAAAUGCCGUAUAUUACGACAUUUACUGGGAAUUCAACAUAA